CAUAAUUGUUUCAAUGUUGACACCGCUUCUUUCUGUCUCUUCUUCGCUUCUUUGAUGUCGCCGUCAGCGGUGGCCGUAUCGGCCCCAGGCAAGGUAUUGUUUGCAGGUGGAUUCCUGGUGCUAGACAGGAAGCAUACCGGUCUGGUCUUUGGACUCAACGCGCGCAUCCAUGUACACAUCGAACAGUGGAAUCCGACGCUUCUCGACGAUGUGACAGGGAAUUUCAUAUUCGUUCAGUCACCUCAAUUUCUGGACGCGCGGUGGCUCUACCAGGUUACCCAGACCAGUGCUGAGGACAGGGGAGUCCAAGUGGAACAAGUCCAGAGCCAAGUUGGGUUCACGACAAGUGCCAACAAAUUCGUCGAGACUACGCUUCGCUAUGGUUUGACAUAUAUCUCACAAACCACAAAGGGCGUUGGAGGGAAUGUCAAGAUCACCAUUCUGGCAGAUGAUGAUUACUACUCGCAAUCGACGCGAAUAGUGCAAAGGUCCGGUACCGCUUUUUCGAACUUUGGAGUCAGCCUGAGCGACGCUCACAAAACGGGUCUGGGUUCUUCUGCUGCUCUGGUGACUUCGUUGACGGGCGCCAUGUUGGCCUUCUAUUCGACAAAGUCCGGCGCCGAUGGUUCUCUACCUCAACAGACGGUCCACAACCUCGCACAAGCAGCUCAUUGUGCAGCUCAAGGCAAGGUCGGGUCGGGGUUCGAUGUUGCUGCUGCAGUUUUUGGAUCGUGUCUGUACCGAAGAUUUACUCCUACGAUAUUGGAGGUGGUGGGAGAGCACACAAAUCCUCACUUCGGCAAACGGCUGCGUAUGUGUGUGGAUGACCUUGAGCUUGAAGCCAAGUGGGACGUUGAAGUGGCUAGCCAUGCGGUCAAGAUCCCAAACGAUCUGAUACUGGUCAUGUGCGAUGUCGAUUGUGGUUCCGAAACACCUGGAAUGGUUCGAAAGGUGUUGCAAUGGCGCAAAGAGAAAUCUGAUGAGGCCAAUCUACUGUGGAACGCUCUACAACAAGGCCAAGAAGAGCUCUGCCAGGAACUGCGACGACUCGCCGAGGUAGACAGAAUUGGGAUACAAGGAUGCAAGGAUCUUGGGGAUAUCAUCCUCACGAUCAGGAGUCUCGUACGAGAGAUGUCGAUAAAGUCUGAAGUACCUGUUGAGCCACCGGUGAUCACUGAGUUGCUGGACUACUGCACAGCAAUGCCGGGAGUGGUGGGAGGUCUUGCACCAGGUGCUGGAGGAUAUGAUGCGGUCGCUCUUCUGAUCGUAAACGAUGGGGAGGUGGUACAGCGUUUGCGAGACAGACUGAACGGAUGGAAGUGCUCAGAUAAAGAGGGAGCUACGAUCGGGAACGUGAGGUUGUUGGGAGUCAAACAGGCUAAUGAGGGCAUCCGAUGGGAGGAAAUAUAUCAGUAUGGCGAGUGGUUAUGAGGGCGUAGAUGGUAGGCGAAUGGAAGAUCACAUUGACACCCAACACCGAUGUUACCAGAAAGCUUUGUCUACGGACAGUACACUCUGUAAGUAGCAACGGGACAUCCGAUUAUGGCGAAGUACACGGCAGACCAGUCUGCUCCAAAGACUGGCAUCUAUAGUGGAAUGAAACAAGCCUUGCCAUGGCGGAGAAGACUCCCACGUGGUCACCUG